CGAAUCCAACGACGUCCACACGCAGCGCGCGGCAUCCCCCACAUAUUCGUCAUGGCGGCAGUUAACACAAAGAAGCCCUUGCGUCGAGCUACAUACGUUAAAGUCAAGGACCUGGCGCCAGCAACCAAAGGACACUGCUUGGUGGUCCAAGUUCAUGCAAUUGAUCCUGCCACUGAAAAGACUCGGAUCGACGGGUCCAUUGUUCGGAUAGUUGAAGCCACUGUCGGGGACGAAACAGGCACGGUCGUACUAAACGCCAGAAACGAACAAAUCAAGUUGGUUGAAGUGGGUCGGGUGCUGGUGAUUCGAAAUGCCAGUGCUGAUGUCUACAAUGGCUUCUUGCGUCUGAACGUGACACAAUGGGGCAAAAUUGCACCUCACCCGGACGGAAUUGCAUCGACUCCCCAUGCCCCACAGUCCGUCAAUACUUCCAACAAUGUUUCCGGCAUUGAGUACGAGCUAGUUCCCGCAGAAGACGUAGACCACGAAGAGGGCGAUGGCCACCACGAUUAACGCGCCUCGCUGGACGACCCGACCUGUCUGCAACACGAGAGCGCGCAACGUCCUCCAUGCAAACCCAACCUCUCGUCUACGGCAUUAUUGCUUAAGGACGGAUUGUAAUAUGGCGAUAACAUGGCGUAUGCCCACCAAGUGCAAA